GCUGCUGGUUGCUCCUUAUCAGUAAUGGGUUUUGGAGAAUCCAUUAUGGGUCUAAUGGAAGACUCUAAUCCAUGGAUUGCACGAGGGAUUGCUACUGCUGUUGUGCUGCUGCUUUUAGGUAUUAAUGUAGCAGGUGUUAAAUGGGUGAUUCGAGUUCAGUUGGUGUUGCUGGUUAUUAUUUUCCUAUCAGUGAUGGAUUUCUUAGUUGGAUCCUUUGUCCACACAGAUCCAGUACCUUCUUAUAUGUUGCUAUUGCAACUGUUCUCGGGGCAACCUGCACAAGAGCUUCACUUCAGGGUUAUUAUAUGAUAGCAGAAAAGGUUUCCGUUAUUGGAAUUCUUUUUCUGGCUGGUUUAUACAUAUCUUCAAUUUCUUCAUGUAUGGGUAGUUUAUAUGGGCCACCUCGAGUUCUCCAGUCUAUAGCCAAUGAAAAUGUUAUUCCUGCCAUCAAACUACUUGGUCAAGGGAAAGGUGCUAACAAGGUUCCUGUCUAUGCUCUCAUUGUGGUGACAUUAGUGAUUCUUCUGUUUGUUGUUGUCGGUGAUGUAAAUACUUUGGCUCCGGUUGUCACUACCUCUUUCAUGUUCACCUAUGCUGCUGUUUGCUACUCCUACUUUGCACUAGCAAUGAGCUAUGACAGACGUCAGCAGCAAGAUGCCAAGUACUCUGUAAAGCCUGUGGAGAACACUUUGAAAUCAGAAUUAGAUGGUAAAGAAUCAGCAGAUUACGGUUCCACCCACCAAUCUAAGCAACAGACUAUACACAAAGAUUCUUUCCAGCGUUUUGCUACUGACUUAGACAAGCUUUUCCCUGAACGCCUCACUCAUCGUGGUCAACACCAUCUUGCAAGGCAACAAUUGGAUGAAAAUUCUCCUACUACACCUGAAGAAGCAGUUUUUGAUAUAACUACUAGACACUUAGAAAAACAAAAUGCAGAUAAAGUUACUGAUGCCAAAGAAGAUGCAGGAGAUACAACCAAACUUUUAGUGGAACCAAAACCUGCAAUGGUUGACCAAAAAGGCCCCAAUACAGAAAUUCAUCAACAACCCCAAUCCUGGUACUCUUUGCUAUGUAACCGUUGGAUAUCUUUAAUAGGCACUUUCAUCUGUAUCAUUGUUAUGUUUUCAAUACAAUGGCUAUAUGCUCUUGGAGAAAUUUUAUGUUUUAUUGGUAUAUAUAUGUAUAUAGGACAGGCUACACCUGGCUAUUUUCCUGGUAUAGCUGAAUUUAAUUUAUAUGACUGGAUUAAAAGAGGCUGUUUGGUAUGUUUAAAGGGCAGUCAGUCAGGGAAAGAACAGUAUGUGGUACCACCCAACACGCCAGCAGUCCAAACCUUUGCAUCCCAGCUCACCGAAGACAAUGAAGAUUUUGCCAGUCGCAACCGCUAUCACCAGUCAGAGGUAGUGAAGGGAGAAAACUUCGACGACUACAACUGAAACAGCAUGUUGGGGGUCAGUGGCAUUGAUGGACAGUGGCUGAGGUGUAAGAUAGCUCAGUGACACCAGUGAUACAAUGAUAUGUUGUGUCACUAUUGUCAACCUCCUCACCACAACUUCACCACGACCUGACACAUACACAUACACAAACAACUUUGUGUCUGUAUGCAUGUACAAAUAACUGUGUAUGUGUGUGUGAGAGAGAAUUGAAGUAUAUGUGUCUGUUUGAUAAAACUUAAAUCUGGAACAAUAUGGAGAGAAGACUCAUUGCGACACCCCUUUGAUGUAUUCAACAAUCAAUGAUCUAACGAGGGUGGCUAUGUAGUCGUUUGACCUGAUAGAAAUAGCUGCUAAAUCUCCCUCCCUCAAAUCACUCUCCAUCAUCUUAAAAAGGAAAGGACACAUAUUAGAUAAAGCCAUCCUAGUUACCCUCCAAAAGAUGGGAUGGUCAUAGCUGAAUGGUCAUGCCUUUCAUCGUAGGUCUACUCAAUCAGAGUUGAUCUGGAGCUAAACAAUCAACUCCUCUUGCUGUUUUUUUUCAUUCCACCACAUGUGAUAUAUAUUUUGCUCCAUGUUUGUCAAACUUGUCCUCUAUCCAUUCAUGAGAUAUCAUCAUUCUUUGCUUGUGCAGUUGGUCGUUCAAGAAUAUGUUAUCAUAUCAAAACAUGGUUCAUAUUUGAAACCCAAACAAUGUCUGUUUGUGUGUGUGUGUGUGUGUGUGUGUGUGUGUGUGUGUGUGUGUGUGUGUGUGUGUGUGUGUGUGCACACGUGUGUGUGUGUGUGUGUGCAUGCAUGUGUGUGUAUAUGUAGGGAGAGAGAGACUGAGAUAGCUGCACACAAUAUUUUAUACAUGUCCACAUAUAUCUAUAUGUACAUAUCUAUGUAUAUAUUUGUAUAAGGGUGUGAGAGUAUAUGUAUAUGUGACUGGUGUAUGUAUUAUAUAUAUAUAUGUGUAUAUACUAUACAGUAUGUAUAGCUGAAUGGCUAGAAUAUUGGACAAAACACUUUGCAGUAUUUGGUUAUGUUAAGUGUUCAAAUCCUGCCCAGGUUUACUUUACCUUUCAUUCACUUGAGGUUGAUAAAAUAAGUACUAAUCAUGUACUUGGUGCAUAAAAUCAGCUAUGCUCCAGCAUGGCUAAAGUCCAAUGAUUGAAACCAGUAAAAGAAUAUAUAAUACUACAAAAUAUAGAUAGGUGUGCAUGUAGGUGAAAGCUUAUAUGUAUGUAUUCAGCUGCCAAAGAUAAUAUUUGUCUCAUGGAUACUCUUUACUUAAAUCUCAGAUUUUAUAUUUGUUAUAAAGAAAAAAAAUGAAUUAACACUCACCCCUAUCUCUGCCAACAUUAAAUUAUACUGAUGUAAACUAGGUAAUAAUAUCAUCAUCCUUAUGUGUGUAGCCUUCUGGCUUGCCAGUCCUCAGUCAAAUCGUCCAACUCAUGCUAGCAUGGAAAGCGGACGUUAAACGACGAUGAUGAUAUAUAUAUAUAUAUAUAUGUAUGGAAAUAUGUAUGCAUGCAUGCAAGUAUAUAUGUAUGUAUAUAUGUAGAGAUAGAUAGAUAGAUAGAUAGAUAGACAGAUAUUAAGUUUGGAGAUGCAAACAGGAAAAUAGAACUUAAAACAUGAAUAUAUAUAUAUAUAUAUAUUUGUUAUUGAUAAUUGGCAGAAGUAAGGUAGUGAGCUGGCAGAAUCAUUAGCAUGCCGGGCAAAAUGCAUAGCGGCAUUUUAUCCGUCUUUACAUUCUGGGUUCAAAUUCUACUGAGGUUGACUUUGCAGUUCAUCCUUUCGAGUUCGAUAAAAUAAGUACCAGUUGAGUACUGGAGUCGAUGUAAUCGACUGAUCCCCUCCCCCGAAAUUACUGGCCUUGUGCCAGAAUUUGAAAUUAAUAAUUGGCUUAAGUUACAGAGUAAACUCUAGAGCCAAGAGUUUCUUGUAUUGAUACUUAUCAACAAAGUUUGAUAAGUUCCAAUGUAUGAAACUCUUGGCCCUUGAGUCACUCCGUAACACCUGUUAAUUAUUAACAGUGUAUGUGUGUGAUAGGAAUAAUGAAAAGGGUGUGGAUGCUUAAUAUUUCAGUAUUUCAGUCAGUCCUGUCAUCCUGAAUCUAUAGAUUAUGGAUAAAUGGAUGUGAUAUUUUGCCUGUAAUUCAUAAUUAUAGAUACAGUCUAUAUUGAUCAUAUCAUUUAUGUUUAUUGUUAUUAUUUUAGCAUAUUUCCGAGUUUCGCGUCUAAUUCAGACAUAUUGGCUGUCAUUAGUUAUCUCCCCUGUUGUCAAAAUCUGGCCUUUUUUUUGUUUUUUUUCAUCUAAAAAAAAUGUUAAGAAUUAUCUCCCUUUUUGUCUUACUCCAACAUAUUGUUAUCUCUCCUUCUCAUCGAGAGACGUUAUUGUUGCUAGUUAUCUCCCUUGCUGACUAACUGCAGAUAUUCACCGACUGUUUAUUUCCCGACACUCUCUUCACUCAAAACUCAUGCUGAUGUUAGUGGACAGAUAAAUGAUUAACGUCAUGUGCAACAUAAACGAUAUUACACUAUAUUAUUUCCUUCCCAGAUAUCUUUCUCAAGAUCAGAUAUACAUUAAGUUGAUUCCGUCCGUUGAAUGAUUUUUUUCAUGUCACAAGGGACAACUUGAACUGAUAACAAUGCCAUACCAAAACCUAUGAUCGUCCAAAAUAUUAACUUAUUUAAGAGAUAUUCAAAUUCAGUCAAGACUCUGUGACGUGUGCAAUUCUCUUGUUUUUCUGAAUAAUGUUAUGGAAUCAGAAGAUAUUUAUUUUCUAGCAAGACAAGCAUUUAACUUUUUUUUGGCAUUUUCCAGAUCGCUAAUUAAUUACUUGGGAUGAGAAAAGUUUCAUGAUAUAUCAGAAAGCUGAGGUCUCUUUUUCCAAGCUGGCAUGAAUUAGACGAAUGUAUAUUGAUGGAGCACUGUUUUACAGCUGAAUACUCUUCCCUUUGCUAAUCCUCAAUUAAUUUAAAAAUAAGAUUAUAGUAUUUCAAUUACAAGAUCAUCUGUUGAGGUGCUUGGGUACCAGAUCAUUAGGGCAUUUUAAUUCAACCAUUUAUUAUGAAACUAAGCAAGAUUAAUUCAUAAUUACUAAAGACAAAAAGAGAAUAAACUCAAAUGGGUAAAUAGCAAGAAUUUAAAUAAUUCAGGUAAUUUUAGUGAAAAUUAAAUUUUCAUGCUGAGGACAUAUAUGAUCUUAAUUAGCAGCCAAGAGGACAGUCUAAUUAGACCUCAAUGAAGCCCAAGGUUUUUUUUCAGGCUAGCUAUGAUCAGAACAUUCACUAUUGAGGUUUUAAAGAUAGAAACCUAUCUAUAGUUGUUACUUUGUUAAGAUCAAAUGUUUUUUUGUUUUUUUUUCAUUAUGGCAUGAAUCACAAUUUUAUGAAAAAUUGGUUUUAAAAUUAUUUCCCCUCCUCUUUCAGAAGUAUUAAGAGAGUUACCUCUGUGUUUUUGUUUCCUUUCUCCACAAAUAUUUCAAACUUCUUUUCAUAUGGCAUUCAGUACAUCACUACAUACCUAUUAUACUUAUAAGUUAGUUGGUUGAAACAUCUCACAAGCAAUGUCUUCUUACCAUUGGUAGCUUAACCAGCUUAACUGAUAGCAAUCAGUUGAUUCAGGUAUUCAAUACCUUUCACUAGCAAUUUAUUAUUAUUAUUUUUUUUAUUUUACUUUACUAUCUAGGACAAAAGAAUCUAGAAUCCCGGUCUUUAGCAGUGUGGUAGUACUGAUAACUAUAUAACUGAUAUUUAUAAUCUCGUUUGUUUCCUUUUUAUGUCUAUUUUUUCCAUACAAACAUGGGUUAGAUGAAUGCAUUAUUGAGACGUUGUUUUAUAGCAAGAUACCCCUGCCGUCACUAACCCUCACCCGUUUUUCAAAUAAGUGAUCUACUUCACACAUUUUUGAAGGUCCAAAGUUAGCAGGUGAUUUGUUAAUGGAAGUGAUGACCACACCACAGCAAAUGACUUUCAUAGACCCCAAACAUAAACAUACACACAAAGAUAUGCACACACCAUCAUCAUGAUGGGCUGCUUUCAUUUCUGUCCACCAGAUUCACUCACAAGUCUGGUGGGCCAAUAGUUAUAGUAGAAGACAGUUGUUCAGAAUGCCAUGCAGCAGAACUGAACCUAAAACCAUGUGGUAAGAAAGCAAACUCCUUAACCACACACACACACAUUAUUUGCUUACACUUCUAAAGUAUAAUCUCUAUAUUUAAAGCACACAAAACCACAAUGUCUCAUUAAUACUUUCAAAUAUAGUUCAAAGUAAAUUUCUUUGAAAAAAAAAAACGAAAAAAAAACAU